CAACGCUAACUCCUCAUGCUUUCUUCGUCCUGCAGAAACGUGAGCUCAGACGGGGCAGAGGCUCGGCGCAGACUGAGGGAAUGCGAAGGCCUGGUGGACGCUCUGCUGCACGCGCUGCAGUCCGCUGUGGGGAAGAAAGACAUGGAUAACAAAUCCGUGGAAAACUGCGUUUGCAUCAUGAGGAACCUCUCCUAUCACGUGCACAAAGAGGUGCCUGGUGCCGAGAGAUUCCAGGACCCGUCGGCCCUGCAAGCCCCCGGAUCCGCAGGGCCACAGAGGAAAAAGAAGGAUGAUGCUGGCUGCUUCGGGGGAAAGAAGGCCAAAGAGGAAUGGUUUAAUCAAGGCAGAAAGAAUGGUGAAAAUGACAAAAACUACGACACUUUGGAUCUACCUAAACGUACAGAGCCUUCCAAAGGCUUCGAGCUGCUGUACCAGCCCGAAGUGGUGAGGCUCUACCUUUCUCUGCUGACGGAGAGCCAGAACUACAAUACCCUGGAGGCGGCUGCAGGGGCUCUGCAGAACCUCAGCGCUGGACAGUGGACUUGGUCCAACUACAUCCGAGCCACAGUGCGGAAGGAGAAAGGUCUCCCCAUCCUGGUGGAGCUGCUGCGCUCCGACUCUGACAAGGUGGUCCGAGCCGUGGCCAUCGCUCUGCGCAACCUUUCCAUCGACCGACGCAACAAGGAUCUAAUAGGAAGUUACGCCAUGCGGGACCUCGUCAGCAACCUGCCCAGCGGCCAGCAGCGACCGGCCAAGAACCUGGAGGAGGACACCGUGGUCGCCAUCCUCAACACAAUUCACGAGAUCGUGACGGACAGCUCGGAAAACGCUCGCUCCCUCAUCCAGGCCCAGGCCAUCGAGAAGCUGGUCGCCAUCAACAGGACCAGCCAAUCGGCUCGCGAAACAAAAGCGGCGUCGCACGUCCUGCAGACGGUGUGGAGCUACAAGGAGCUGAGGAACGCUUUGACUAAGGACGGUUGGAACAAGAGCCACUUCCAGCCCACUGUGACGGCCACACCUAAAGCUACCAAGAACGGCAAACCAGGUUAUGAUGACACCACUCUGCCACUGAUGGAGAAGAACCAAGACGGCUACUCCACCAUUGACCAGAGGGACAAGGACUGCAAAUACAAAACAGACGACGGGUCGGCGGACCUGACAGAACGGGAACCAUUAAAGAAUGACACAAAUAGGAAACACUAUAUCAGGAGUAACAGGCCUGCAGUCAGUCUGGUGGACGCUUGUGAUGUUAAACCUCAGCCUGUUGACUCCUGGGUAUAAGUGCAUGCAUGGCUUAAGACAGCAAAUAGUGCGACAUCCCCAGCUACAAGAGGAUCUCUCAUAUCACCACUGCCAUUUCACGGGAGCUCAUUUUUGGAGAGGGACUUUGUACAGAGAAAAGGAUUUCAAACAAAUAUGGCCAUAACAGAGACUACCCAGUAGCAGUCGAAUUUUUCAGAAGAUGAAAAAAAAUAAGAUAUAUAUAUAUAAAAGUGUAAUGACACUUCCUACUCUGUCAUAUCUACAUUCCUCGACAUCAUGUGAAUUUUCCAGUGUGGACUCUUGCUCUGAGAGUGAAUUUCGAUGGAGGCCGAUGGGGGCGCGACGGGAAGAAGAGGAAAAGUAAAGCGGAACAGAGGGAAAAGGAACGUGCAAUGAAAGGAUACAGGAAAAGGACGCUCCUUUUUUCUACUUUUUCUUUUUGGUGUGGUUAAGGGAGUUUUGGAGAAUAUAGAUUUGUUUGAUUUUGGUACGUCGUUGUGAUCAGAGUUGGGGAAAGAGAGCAGAGAGAAACAAAAGGAGGUAACCGAAUCUGAGAGGAGCCAUAGCAUUGUAGAGGAAAAGAGUAAAGAGUCAGUCCUCAUGCACUAAAAUAAUAAGAAAAAAUAAUCCAUCUGGGUUCACUGUGUUUUGUUUUGUUUUGUUUUUUUUGUUUUUUUGCUUUUUUUUAAUACAAAAAGAACAACCCCCCCAAAAAACAGGAUUGCUUUUACUUCAGAAUUGUGCAUCAGGUGAUCGGUGUCCAUGUUUUGUAGUCAAGAACCUGCAAGUUGGGAUCUGGGGAGAAGAGAAGUGACAUUCUGAGCAAGACUGGAGUUUCAUCCUCCACACGGAAAACUCAAACGGUUCCAAAACCAAAUCGGAGGAGAGUCUCUUUCGUCCUGUUCGAGCUUCACGGCUUCCCGUGUGACACUCUCAGGUUGCGUAGCGGCGCGACGCGUUUCCCGGCCGGUUGCUGUUCCGUCAGUGUUGUGUAUCGGAGAGGAUUCAAGGCAUUAUGUUUAUAAAUGGAUCUGUGUUUCUGAGGAGAAGCAGACUGUAAAAAAACAAACAAAAAAAAGAAAACAGUAAUAAUAAUGAGGAUUUGUCUAAAAUCAUUUAUGUUGGAUUUUAUAUAACUGUAUAUUAGAGUCAGACAAACAGAAAACUUAAAAAAAAAAAAAAAAAAAAAAAAGGAAAAAUUGUGAU